CCCGAAACCCACCUCCAACUCGGCAUCGAAUGUCACGAGCGCGGCGCCCUCCAAGAAUCUACCUACCACCUCCGUCUCGCCGCCCGCGCCGGCCUUCCGACCGCCAUGCUGCUCUACGCGCUCGCCUGCCGCCACGGAUGGGGCAUGCGUCCGAACGCAUCCGAAGGCGUCUCCUGGCUCCAGAAAGCCGUCGACUCCGCCCAGCUGGAAGUCGCGGACGACGAGGACCUUAUCAAGAAAGGCGGACCCAAAGCGAUCAACCGGGUCGACCAGAAGACGCACAAGGCGCAGUUCGCGCUGAGCGUGUAUGAGCUGGGGGUGAGCUACAUGAACGGGUGGGGCGUACGGCAGGACAAGGCGCUGGCGCUACGGUGCUUCGAGGUGGCGGGGAACUGGGGCGAUCCAGACGCGUUGGCGGAGGCGGGGUUCUGCUAUGCGGAGGGGAUCGGCUGUAAGCGGGACGGGAAGAAGGCGGCGUGGUUUUAUCGCCGGGCGGAGCGGAAGGGGGUGAGCAUGGCGGGGAAUAGUUGG